UUAAAGUCACCCAAAACUUACAAGGCAUUUUCCACUGAUUAAAUAUGUCCCAAUAAUUGGCUUUUCCGUUCGGUGAAUCCGUUUUAUUGACAGGAAAAGGGUUAACAAGCUCCCACGCGAAACUCCUUAAUCGUAUCACAACAAAAAAAAGAAAAUUGAAAGGAAACACACACCUAGUGCGACUCAAAAACGAAUAAGGAUACGAGUAGACAACAAAAGAGGUGACAAUUCGCGCAGCGAAAGUAAAUACACUUUUGUUAUUUAAUCUUGGCGAGUGCGCAAUUUUUGGGCCUGUCGUCGACUGCUUAUCAGCUAUGUGCCACCACAGCCGCAGAGGAUACGACAGACAGUAUUAAUAACGCAUUGAUACGAGUGGGCGGUCGAUUUGCUUUUGUUUUUCUUUCCUAACUUGGCCGUGGAAAGGAGUGGUGUGGUGUGGAGUGGAUAGAGUCCACAAUUAAUCGACGGCAGCUAGCAUGUUGCAAGGCGUCGCCAUCACCAUAGCCAACGACAGCAACGAUGAUGGCCUCAAUCAAUCAUUCAUGGCUCAUAUGUCGCCCAGUCCCAAUCAGAGUCCUUCCAUCGGUGUGGGCUUGGGAAUCACCUCCUCCACGAUGCCGAAUCCCAGCGAGAGCCCCGAGCUGUUGCUGCUGAAGAACGACAAAUUCCUAACACAUGUCGCCCAUCUGCUGAACAUAACGACCGAGAAUCUUUCAAAUCUCCUGGGUUCCACGAAUGGCACAAAUGCUAGCACAAUGGCAGCGGAUUCGCCGGUCGAUGAGUCCCUGACCCUGCGAACCGCCUUCACCGUUUGCUAUGCCCUCAUUUUCGUGGCCGGCUUGUUGGGUAAUCUUAUAACCUGCAUUGUUAUAUCGCGAAAUAACUUUAUGCACACGGCCACCAACUUCUAUUUGUUCAACCUGGCGGUUUCCGAUUUAAUACUGUUGGUCUCAGGCAUUCCUCAGGAGCUGUACAACCUUUGGUAUCCGGAUAUGUAUCCCUUCACGGACUCCAUGUGCAUCAUGGGCAGUGUGCUCUCGGAAAUGGCCGCCAAUGCAACAGUCCUCACCAUCACAGCAUUCACUGUAGAGCGAUACAUAGCCAUCUGUCAUCCAUUCCGGCAGCACACCAUGUCAAAAUUGUCGCGGGCCAUUAAAUUUAUAUUUGCCAUUUGGCUGGCGGCCUUCCUUUUGGCCCUUCCGCAGGCCAUGCAAUUUUCGGUGGUCUAUCAGAGCGAAGGAUAUUCGUGCACGAUGGAGAACGACUUUUACGCCCAUGUGUUCGCCGUUUCGGGAUUUAUUUUCUUCUGUGGACCCAUGACGGCGAUUUGUGUACUCUACGUGCUGAUCGGAGUGAAGCUGAAGAGGAGUCGCCUGCUGCAAUCGCUGCCGCGAAGGACCUUCGAUGCGAAUCGCGGCCUAAAUGCCCAGGGACGAGUCAUCAGAAUGUUGGUAGCUGUAGCCGUCGCCUUCUUCCUCUGCUGGGCUCCAUUCCACGCCCAGCGGCUGAUGGCAGUUUACGGACUGAAUCUGAUUAAUAUAGGCAUCAGUCGGGACGCCUUCAACGAUUACUUCCGGGUACUUGAUUACACGUCCGGGGUGCUCUACUUCCUCUCCACCUGCAUCAAUCCGCUCUUAUACAACAUCAUGAGCCACAAGUUCCGCGAGGCCUUCAAGAUCACACUUACGCGACAGUUUGGUCUGGCCAGAAACCACCAUCACCAGCAGAGCCAGCACCACCAGCACAACUACAGUGCCCUCCUCCGGCAGAAUGGAUCGAUGCGUUUGCAGCCGGCCAGUUGCAGUGUAAACAACAACGCGCUGGAGCCAUAUGGAUCGUACCGAGUGGUGCAGUUUCGUUGCCGGGAUGCGAGCCACCAGUUGUCCCUGCAGGACAGCAUUCGCACCACCACCACAACCACCACGAUAAACAGCAGCAGCAUGGCAGCCGGAAAUGGAGUUGGCGGGGGAGGGCGGCGUCUACGGAAACAGGAGCUCUACGGGCCAGUUCCAGGCACUGCAGUUCCCCAUCGAAUGCUGCAGGGGCAGGUGUCCCAACUCUCGUCGCUGGGCGAUGUCAACUCACUACUGGAGUCGGAGGUGGUGGACAGGCACUACGCAUCCGGACGAGCAAAAAGAGCUCUCUUGGCCACCAAAAGUGGUGCCCUGCUGGUGACACCACCACAAAGUAGUGACCCAUCGGAAGUCAGUCAGCCCGCCACUCGUCUCAAGCUGACUAGGGUGAUAAGCCGGAGGGAUGAGGUGGUCAACACCACCACUCCGUCCUUUUGUGGCAGUCACAGUUUGCCGGAUCCGGAGACUUGCCAAUCGGCUUCAGUGGCUGGUCGAAGCUCCCGCAAGUUUCCGUGGCGAAAGCGAAGGCAAAAAACGGAGGAUACCAGCAGCGAGGGCUUGACCUAUGGCUCACCCAAAUCCCAGUGAUUCCAGCUGGUUGAUAAAUAGAGUUAUGCUUAGUUAGGCAUUGUUUAGUUAGCGCAAUAAACUUUUCUAUCUGUAUAUAAGCCAGAAAAAGUCCAGCGAUUUGCAUGCAAAUUUCGGUUGGCCCUAAAAAAUUGAAAGAAUGGGCAUGGUCCAGACGAUUUAUGGGAGUCAUAAAGCCGGAAUAAUGAGGCUGCGGCGUAUCGUGACGAAAACACGCGCGGCAUCUUUUUGCAAUAGCAACCGCAUCGCACUCAUAAAUUAAGUGUUAAGUGUUGAGCUACCAGCUAAAUAACGUGAAUAAAUAAGAAUUGUUCUCAAUAUUACAGC